AUGGGAAGCUACUUCGUCAAAAUUAUCAUCAGAAUAGCAAAAUGGAUCGUGAAGAAGUUACUGGUGAUCGCUUUGUUUGUGCCGGUCGAGAAUCCAAACCACAUCGUCUACGACAAGCCACUGCUGGAGGAGUACGACUUUAUCGUAGUGGGCAGCGGCGCCGGCGGCUCGCCGCUGGCCUCCCGCCUCUCGGAGGAUCCCCACCACUCCGUGCUGCUGCUGGAGGCCGGGGGCGCCGGCUCCGGAUUCGCCGACUGGCCCCUCUUCACCACACUCAUCUAUAACGUUAGGAAGUACGACUGGACCUUCCACAACGUCCGAGACGAGGGCUACUGCAUCGGGUACAAGAAACAGCAAUGCACGCUGAACCGCGGUAAGAUGCUGGGCGGCAGCACGGGCAUCAACGGCAUGAUGUACGUCCGAGGCAACAAGAACGACUACGACCAGUGGGAGCGGCUGGGGAACCCCGGCUGGGGCUUCCGCGACGUCCUGCCCUACUUCAUACGCUCCGAGGACAACCAGGACCCGUACCUCCGCCAGAGCCCCUACCACGGCGUGGGCGGCUACCUGCCCGUCUCCUCCGCCCGCUACCUGUCCGGCCUCGCCGGAAUCUGGAUACAGGCCGCCCGGCACCUGGGCUUCGAGAUCGGCGACAUCAACGGCGACCGGCAGAUCAGUGAGUGUGGCGUGCAGGAGCUGCUCUGCAGUGGGUUUAUGAACAGCCAGUCGACCACCAAGCUCGGCGAGCGGUGGUCGGCGGCCCGAGCCUUUCUGCGGGCGGCCUCGCACCGGCCCAACCUCAACAUCCUGAUCCACAGCCACGUGACACGCGUUAUCAUCGACCCGGUCAGCCGGCGGGCGCGCGGUGUCGUCUUCUACAAGAACCGGCGGCGUCACGUGGUCUGGGCGCGCAAAGAGGUCAUCCUCAGCGCCGGCGCGUUCGCGUCGCCGCAGCUGCUCAAACUGUCAGGCGUCGGGCCCUGCGCGGAGCUGCGGAAACACGGGAUCCCUUGCAUUCACGAUCUGCCCGGAGUCGGUGAGAACAUGCAGAGCCACUUCGGCAUCGGAGGAAUCGACUUCCUAACAAAGAAAAAGCCUGGCCUGACGCUGGCACAUUUCAUCAACCUGAAAUCGCUGCACAAUUAUGUGAAGCACAGAACCGGUCCUCUGGCAUCGUACCUGCUGCUGGAGGGCACCGGGUUCGCGCACUCGGGUGUGGACAACACGUCCGUCAGCUCAGACUGGCCGGACCUGCAGUUCCUGUUCUACCCGCUCCACCUGGCCACCGACGGCGGCCUUCUGUUCAGGAUCAUCCUCGGCAUGUCGGAAAAGUUAUGGAUAAAGCGGUUCAAGCCAGCCAAGUUCAAGCCGGGAUACCGGAUUGUUCCGGUGAUGCUGCACCCGCGGAGCCGCGGCCGGGUGGUGCUGCGCUCGCGGAACCCCUGGCAGCACCCGGACAUCUUCCUGAACCUGUUCGACGACCCGCGCGACCUGGCCGUGCUGCGCGAGGGCGGUCGGCUGGCCGAGCGGCUCGGCCUCUCUGCUCCGUUCCGCCGGGUGGGCGGCCGCCUGCAGCCGGCCCCCAACCCCUACUGCCACCUGCACCCGCGCGGCGGGCCCGACUGGUGGGACUGCUCCAUCCGCGUGUUCGCAGAGACCAUCUGGCACGAGACGAGCACGUGCGCCAUGGGGCCGGCCUCCGACCUGGCCGCCGUGGUGGACAACCAGCUGAGGGUGUACGGGAUCUCUGGUCUGCGCGUGGUGGAUGCCUCCGUGAUGCCGCGCAUCACGUCCGGCAACACGAUGGCACCGACCAUCAUGAUCGGGGAGAAGGCGGCCGACCUGAUCCGCGCCCACUGGCACGCAGUCAGCCUCGGCAGGGACCCGGAGCGCUUUGUGGAGAGGUACGCGCUCCAUCCGCACCAGCACGGCCUCUACACGCCACAGGGCGCGCACCUAGACACGGAGGAGGUCCUCACAGAGGACUGGUGGGAGAGGGAAGGCAGAUUCUCAGCGGAGACAGUGCAGCAGGAGGCCGCUAUAUCAGAAACGUCAUGGGAUGAAUAUGGUCCAUCAGAAAUGUCCCAGAAGCAGAACAUCACCUCAGCAGUUACUUUGGAACAGGAAGGUGCCUCCACAGCGGUGGCUCUGGAGCAGGAGGGUGCUCUGUCAGAUUUGUCUCAGGAAAAUUCCUUCUCAGCAGCACACCCGAAGCAGGAGGAAGCUCCCUCAGGAGAAGCCUUAGGACAGGAGGUCGAUCCAUCAACGACCUUCUCCAAUCAGGAGGCUGUUCUUCCGGCGGCGUCUCAGGAUCAAGAGGACGCUCUUCCAGCGGUACCUCAAGAGCAGGGUGGCACUCAUCUAAGUGCGGAGAUGGUGUCUGGAGAGGAACACCAACAGCAGCUACAGCCACAGCAGCAGCUACAGAAGCUAGACUGGCUGCACGGUCAGCCAUACGAUCAUCUUUCAGAGAACCCACCGGACGACGGCCAGGACGAGCAGAAGCUGAGGCAGAUUGAGCGACUGCUGCAGCUGGACGUGAGAGAGGAAGAUGUACGACAAACCGAGUUUGGGCGACUGGGUGCGGUCAUAGACCGGCUUCACCAGCGACUGGAGGCGCUGCAAGGGUAGGGCUGGGCUGGUCCACCAGGGUUUAGAUGCGCGGCAGACAAACGAUAAGGAUGAUCAGACCAGAAAGAGCAGCCGAAAUGUAUAUUGUAAAACGGUGCCCGAAAACUGUGACUUUAUUCGCAUCCGAAAGUGUCCAUCCAGUGGCAACCAAUCGCGCUGCGGCCCGGGUGCACCCGCAUUUGUGGUAUAGUAUAGUGGAAUCGAUAUAUCUUAAUGAUCGUGACUUAUGAAUGAAUAAUACAUAUAACUGCGGCGCC